UCAACAAUCGACAACUUUAAAAUUAACAAAAAUUAAAAAAUGAAAUAGAAAUGCGAGGCGUUCAAAUAGUGUGAUAUCUAAGUAUCCUGUUUUGAAGCAAGUUCUAUGUGUGUGUUGUAAAUGUUAAAUGAAUAAUGGUACAAGUUAGCGAAAAUUUAUAAAAUAACAAAAUAAAUUGCACUUGAGAUCCAAUCACAUCAUAAGCAUUUAAUCAGGAAGUUACAAAUAUUUUGUACAAUUAGUUCCAACGAUGGGAAAACUACUUUCGAAAAUCUUUGGAAACAAAGAGAUGCGGAUAUUAAUGUUAGGCCUGGAUUCGGCGGGUAAAACAACAAUCUUAUAUAAACUAAAACUAGGGCAAUCUGUUACAACUAUUCCAACAGUUGGAUUCAACGUAGAAACAGUUACAUACAAAAAUGUUAAAUUCAACGUCUGGGACGUUGGAGGACAAGACAAGAUUCGACCGUUAUGGCGGCACUACUACACAGGAACACAAGGCUUAAUAUUUGUUGUUGAUUGUGCUGAUCGAGAUCGGUUGGAUGAAGCGCGACAAGAACUUCACCGAAUUAUAAAUGACAGGGAAAUGAAAGAUGCCAUAAUACUCAUUUUUGCUAACAAACAAGAUAUGUCCGAAGCGAUGAAACCACACGAAAUACAAGAGAAACUAGGUCUAUCGAGGAUAAGAGAAAGGAAUUGGUACAUCCAACCAUCAUGCGCCACCUCCGGCGAUGGUUUGAUCGAAGGAUUACAAUGGUUAAUACAAAAUUAUAAACUAUGAAAUUUCU